AUGGGAACGACACUUUUUCAAUAUUUGGCCGUGGUAGCAGCCCUACUAAUUGUCUCCACAGCCGCAACCCCAAACAAUGGCGAUGGAACCUUCAAGAACCCUUCCGCUCAAGUUCGGCCAUUCUUCCGGUACUGGCUGCCAGACGCUAGUGUUGACCCGACAGUCGUAGCGUCUGAUAUCCGCGCCGCCGCGGAAGUUGGCGCUGGAGGCAUCGAGUUCGCUGCUUACUUCGGGUACGGAGGUGAGAUUGGAGGAAGCCCACCCGGGUCGGACUGGGUGACAUAUGGGUUCGGCAGUGUGCCGUUCCAGCAUUUAUUGCAGGUGGCUUUGGAGGCUGCUAAGGAGAAUAGAAUACUUGUGGAUGUUGCGUUAGGGCCGAACCAAGGGCAGGGUGUACCUGCGUCUUCGGAUGAUGACGGGAUUCAAUGGGAUUUGGUGCCAUUCGUCCAGCCAGUACCAGUCAAUCAGACGAGGGAGCGUAUCCCAGGGUGGGGUGAAGGGGAACUUGUCGCUUGUGUCCUUGCCUCAGCGGAAAAGAAGACAAACGUGUCCCUGGGUGAUGGAUCUGGUUCCUUGGGCGCCACACCGCCACAGGGGUCAUACCUCGAGUUGGUUCUAGACGAGACUUCGCUUCAAGACAUUACCCACAAUGUGUCGCCAGAUGGAAUCUUCGAAAUACCUUUGUCGUUGUCGUCACACGAUUUUUAUGUCUUCUCCUUCUACCAGAAAAGGACCCUGCAUAAAGCCCUCGAGGUGAAGUCUAAUAGAACGGAUACGAUCCUGGCCAAUGGCUCGUUUGUGGUGGACCAUUUCAGCAAGGAGGGAGCCAGGACAGUGAUUGAUUACUGGAAUGAUCACAUCCUCACGGAAGAAAUACGACAACUUCUAGGAGACGUGGGAAACUACGGUUGGGAGGAUAGCAUGGAAAUUCGAUCCAACAUAUCAUGGACACCGAAGCUGCCGGACGUAUUGUACGACAAGUUUGGAUACCAUAUCGGGAAAUACCUCCCGCUCCUCAUGUUCGGUCAGAACAAUAUCAUGGCUCAAACCAGUAACCCCGGGGUGGUGAAAGCGGUCUUCAAGAACAACCAGACAACCGACAGAUACAUCAACGACUAUCGCUCCGUGCUGGCAGACGGGUAUGGGAAUUACUUGACCACGCUACGAGGAUGGCUGAACCAGGACCUUGGACUCCAAUACUCAACGCAAGUCUCGUACAACCUGCCUUUGGAUGCAUCAACGAAUAUACCAUUGGUAGAUGCCCCAGAGUGCGAGAGCCUGCAGUGGAAAGACAAUAUAGAUGGGUACCGACAGUUCACAGGUGCUGCAUAUCUGGCCGGGAAGAAUAUCGUAUCGAACGAGAUGGGGGCUGUUAUGUCCCGCGCAUACUCCCUGACAAUACCCGAGCUGCUUCAAAGCGUGAACAAGGCUUUUGCUGGAGGUAUCAAUAGGGUUGUUCUGCAUGGCCAGCCGUAUAGUGGGGACUAUUACGGCACUACCUGGCCAGGGAGCACGCCAUUCCAAUAUCUAUUCGCCGAUAUGUAUUCUCCAAAGCAGCCUUCGUGGAUGCAUGGGCUUGAUGAGGCUAUGGGAUAUAUUUCCAGAAUGCAAUUCGUACUGAGGCAGGGGAUUCCCAAAUUUGAUGUCGCUUUCCUCAAUAAGGAUUCCGCUACAGACCCCUAUUGGGCUACAAAAUACGGCCGGGAUGACCUUCUUGACGCUGGUUAUCUAUACACAUAUCUUUCUCCUGAUAAUCUUGAACUCCCGGAAGCCUCUGUCGACAAUGGCAUUUUCGCUUCGCAGGGUCCUGGAAUCAAAGCAAUCAUCGUCACGCAUGAUGCGAACAUGACUGUCUCUGCUAUCCAGAGGCUGAAAGAUUACGCGGCGAAGGGAUUGCCCGUCAUACUUUCCGGUGGUAGCGCACAGUACUACCCAACCUCGAACGAUGGGGGAGUUGAGGCGUUCAGGACAGGCCUUCAAGAGCUGGCCAAUGCAAAAAGCGUUCGGACCACAGGGAGCGGCAAUAUAGCGAAAGCACUCGUCUCGCAUGGUGUCUCUCCUCGUAUCAGAGUUCAGACAAAUGGCACUUGGCAUACUGCUUGGCGCGAGGAUAAGGAUACCCAGGUUGACUAUGCCUUCAUAUUCUGUGACGGAAGUGGUUCUCAUGGCAAAAUCGGAGUCACAACUGACAAGAUCCCUCAUUUAUUUAAUGCCUGGACUGGAGAACGCGAACCACUGGUGCAUUACAAGCGUCAUGCUGGUGACAUUGUCAUUCCCCUAACGCUGAAAGCCAACCAAACCACUAUACUAGCAUUCAGCGCCCAAUGUUUGGACGAUAUAUACACACCCUCUAUUCAUAUCGAGUCUGCUCCCAACUCGGUCCUUGGCUACCACCUUGACCACGAAGGCGGAGUCGUUGCCCAACUGGCUCACACAUCCAACAAGACUGCCCACAAGUUCAUACUGUCCGAUAACUCGACUAGAACCAUUCCAAAAACAUCGGUCAUCCCACGCUCAUUCUCAAUUCGGAACUGGAAACUCACGGCAGAGCGCUGGGAGGCUCCCGGGAACAUACAAAAUGCCUCUACCAUAGCAUCAUUCCGCAAUACAGCGCACCAUCUCACCUCUUUGAUUUCCUGGACGGAGAUCCCCGCCCUCGUCAACGCUUCUGGGAUUGGGCAUUAUAGUUCCCAAUUCACUUGGGACCACGGCUACCAGAACGGAAUUGGAGCUUACAUUACCUUCUCUCAUAUCCUCCACGCAGUUCAAGUUUUCGUGAACGGGGAAAAGGUGGCACCUAUCGACCCAACUACAGGAACUGCAGACAUUGGAGCCUAUCUGCGGAAUGGCGAGAAUGAACUGCUGGUUGUCGUUCCGACUACUAUGUGGAAUAAUCUAAGGAGUAUCUUCCCUAAAAUCACCGAGUCGGGUGCACCUCCAAAGUUAAGUCAGUUGGCAGCAUUGAUGGGCUUGCCUGAUAUCGUACCUAAUGGACUGGUGGGCGAGGUUUCUAUUACGCCGUACCUGUCGUUUGCGCUUGGUAUAUGA